AUGCUGAGUGCGUCAUUGAAACGAAAAUCAUCUAACUCAGAAGCAAAAAAUGAGAAGAAGAGGACAAAAAAACGGAAAAAUAACACAACAGAUGUUUCACCUGUUCAAUCAAAAGAAUACGAAAAACUCUGGAAGAAAGUUAAUGAUCAUUUUGAAUCAACACCGAAAGAUCAAAAUCUCAAAGCGACAGGUGUAGAUGAACAUCAGUUGACAAAAAUUGAACGACGUCUUGGCAAUAUCAAACUGCCUGAUGAUAUCAGACAUGAUGUUCGUAUACAUAAUGGACUAAAGAAAUUUGGUUAUGGUCUUCGUUAUCGUUCACCAACAAUCGACCUUCUUCCAAGUGAACAAUGGCGCCCUUAUGAAAAAGAAGAUUGGUGUUAUGAAUUAUUUGAAUGCCUCUUGAGGAUGACAAAGAAUUUAACUUCAUUUGAAGGCAUUGAACCAUUUCUAUAUCCAUUAGGAGCAAAAACCAUGGCUUUUGAUUAG